ACUUGAUUCUACAUUCUCUAUAGUCUGAAAAAUUGAAGUGUCGCUUUUGUAGUGAAUUUACAGCGAUUUAUCAUGGAUAAAAUGCUACAAUAAUUCGAUUAACGUGCCUCCAUAAUCAUCUUUAAUAAGUGCAGUGAAUAGACUACUAGAUAUAUUUACAAUUAUAUGAUUACUUGCCCAUAUUUGACAGUGCGCUAGACCGCAUAAUUAAAAUGGCAGCCCUACCACGUAGAAUAAUCAAAGAGACACAACGACUGAUGCAGGAGCCCGUGCCGGGGAUCAGCGCGGUGCCCAGCGAGACUAAUGCGCGCUAUUUCCACGUGAUCGUCACUGGCCCGGAAGAUUCGCCUUUUGAAGGAGGACUUUUUAAACUAGAAUUGUUUCUGCCAGAGGACUAUCCCAUGUCAGCGCCUAAGGUUAGGUUUAUAACGAAAAUAUACCAUCCGAACAUAGAUCGGCUCGGGCGCAUAUGUUUGGAUAUACUGAAAGACAAGUGGUCGCCGGCGCUGCAGAUCCGCACCGUGCUGCUGUCGAUCCAGGCGUUGCUGUCGGCGCCCAACCCCGACGACCCGCUGGCCAACGACGUGGCCGAGCUGUGGAAGGUGAACGAGAUCGAGGCCAUCCGGAACGCCAAGGAGUGGACGCGGAGGUACGCCAUGGACAACUGAGGCGCCGGCUCACGCAGCGCCCCGCGACACGCCGAGUCGACCUAACCGAUAUCUAUCAUGAUUUUAAGAGUGCAAGUUAUGUUAUCGACACCCUAGGCCGAGUAACUUGUGAAAAGACAAUUGUGAAAAUUUUUAUUAUUAGUGGGCACCGGCGCGGCUUCCUACACCGGUGUGGUGGCUGCCCCCCGGCCACACUGCGGGCCACACUCGCUAAGUUAUCUUCUUGCAUUUCUACUUAGCCUCGCUCCCUUGUUUGUAUCUCAAUGGUUUGUUAUCAUGAGACAAUCAUUGUUUCUCCCGUUCACAUGUUAGCUGUGUUAUGGUAUUAGGUAUGCAUAUUUUUACUGUCAUUUCAAUCUUAAUGGAUUCUCUCACCUGGAAACUUGAAUGUGUAUAUAUCAUGGUUAUAGAAUUUGAUUAAUUUUAUACAAUGGAUAGAAUGAAUUGUCACAAAGAAAUCUUUGUAAGCAAAGCCUUGGUCUACUAUCAUCUUGUGUGCGAAUGUUAUGUACAGUUAGACAGUAAACAACCGAACAACUGUGUGAUCUAACUGCCCUGUGCUGGGAGGUUAUAUCAAAUUAGAUUAUCUGUUUAGUUAUUAUGCUUGAAUUGUAAAUCAGUUUAUAGUAACAAAAGAGAUCUCUAGCGAUACUGAGUUUAAACUACUAUAUUUUCUUAAACAUGGAAGCAUUCUAGUUAAUUUUUGCUGAAUAAGCUAUGUCAAAUAUUGAUUUGUUGAUUUCAGUAAGAAUAUUUUGUGUACUAUUUUAUGUCAUGUAUAAAAGUUAUCAUUAAUUGUAUUUAUGUAAAUUUAAUUUGGCUUUGUGAGCAACUUCAAAAUACAUAAUACAAAAGUAA